AUGAAAGUGAAAUCAAGAAUUUAAUUACGCUUACCAAAACACUCUGGACAUUUACAAACAGAGGCAAGUUAAGAUUAAUUGUAGUCUACCAAUGACACUAGAUUCAAAGGGGAUAUGACUUGCAGAUAAACUAUGAGAGCAAAGAAUGCCAUAAAGGAAGCUCUGAUGAUCCAAAAUAUAAAAUUGGCAUUUCAAGAGGAAAUGGAUAAGAUUAAGGAGGAGAUAAGGAAUCCUGAGAAUGUUUAUUAUGGUAAUGUAAGUACUGAGAUGUUACAAUAGAAUAGAGUUAUCAUCUAAAAUGCUCUAAUGCAAUUAAACCAAUUAUACUUGGAACGGAAGGAUAGAGAUUAGGCGAUUAAAAUAAUCAAUGAGAUAAGCAAUCAAGUGUUGAAAUCUAAGAUCCCAGACUUGAAAAUAUUCAUUCACCUUAAAUUGGCGAAGAUUGUGUGCAGUUAUAAAUUGCUCUACUUUAGCAUAAUCUUGGCGAAAAUUGUAAAGAGGAUGUCUGAUAAUGAGCACCUAUUAAAGUAUAAAUUGCUGGCUUACAAACUCUUGGGGAUUUGUUUUUUUAAAUUAAGGAAUCGACAGUCUAAAAUUUACUUUACCAAAUAUUUGAUGUGCAGUUGGAAAUUGCAUAAGAAGAAUCACGAAUUGAAAGCAUACGAGUAUUUGGGGAAGUACUACUUCUAGGAGGGAGAUGUAGACAAGGCCACAGCCUUUCAUGAGAGAAUGGUAAAUGGAGCCAUUUUAUUACCUCAUUCAUCUUUGAGAGUGUUGGGCAUCAGGAAAUUGGAACAGGGAUCAAUUGGGAAGGGCAAGAAAAAUUAUGGAUUGGUAGAAUAUCAUGAAAUUAAUGUUUCUAGUGAUGCAGAGGGGUUUGAAUUGGUAUUUAAUGAUGACGAUACUCUUCCCAACAAGGUUGCAAUUCAAAAGAUGGAUCAGGUGGUUCAGAAUGGGCAGAGGCAGAGUCUCAUCAAUUACCCUAUCAGAAAGACUCUCAUAUUCUAGCAUAGGAGUCUGCAUCUAUUGGACAAUAAGAUCAAGACUCGGAACACACACCAGUUGCCAGUGAUGUUGAAUCAUCUGAGUCCCAAUAGGUAAUUGGUGAACUACUAGUUUCUGGAGUUGAACAAGGCAGUUCCCAAUUACAAACAGACUCAGAACAUUGAUCCCUAUUUUGAGAAAAAGGAUACUCAAAGCAUUGCCAGUUUAAUAGUUAAGCUAUCUCGUGUUUUGGAAUAAGUGGACAUUUGGAUUAAAUUAUGA